AUUAACGAUUCCAACGGCCAGGAGCACUCGGCAGCUCGCCUAUAAAUACCUAGCCGGUAGCAGCUCUCUCUUCACAGCCAAGCAACCAUCCAUCGGCAAGGUUCCUCAGCAAGUCGGUCAGUCGCUGAACCGAGCUAGAAAGGCACCAGCUGCUAGCUUCGAGCUCUUUGCAAUGGCCUCCGCCAAUGCUCUGCUCCUGCUCUUCGCGGCCGCCUUCUGCCUCCUCGCCCGGCGGGCCGCCGGCGACUACGGCUCGUGGCAGAGCGCCCACGCCACCUUCUACGGCGGCGGCGACGCGUCCGGCACAAUGGGCGGCGCGUGCGGCUACGGGAACCUGUACAGCACGGGGUACGGCACGAACACGGCGGCGCUGAGCACGGCGCUGUUCAACGACGGCGCGGCGUGCGGGUCGUGCUACGAGCUCAAGUGCCAGGACGUGAGCAGCUCCUGCCUGCCGGGCAGCAUCACCAUCACCGCCACCAACCUCUGCCCGCCCAACUACGCGCUGCCCAACGACGACGGAGGCUGGUGCAACCCGCCGCGCGCCCACUUCGACAUGGCCGAGCCCGCCUACCUCCAGAUCGGCAUCUACCGCGCCGGCAUCGUCGCCGUCGCCUACCGGAGGGUGCCGUGUGUGAAGAAGGGCGGGAUCAGGUUCACCAUCAACGGCCACUCCUACUUCAACCUGGUGCUGGUGACCAACGUGGCCGGCGCCGGCGACGUGCAGUCGGUGGCCAUCAAGGGGUCCAGCACCGGGUGGCAGGCCAUGGCCCGCAACUGGGGCCAGAACUGGCAGAGCAACGCGGACCUCGACGGCCAGAGCCUCUCCUUCCGGGUCACCCUCAGCGACGGCCGCACCGUCACCAGUAACAACGUCGCCCCCGCCGGCUGGGCCUUCGGCCAGACCUUCGAAGGAAGCCAGUUCUAGCGAGGUCGACCGUGGACGGACGGAUUGCUUGCAUUGGUUUGGAGCUUGAGCAAGAGAAGAAGGAAACCUCUUCGUUAUAGUAAAAGAAGAGGCCUUCGGCUAUUCCGAGGCUGCUUCUGAUCAGCACCCGCUUAGGCCUUCCCUUCUCUCAUACUAGUAGCACAGUAGUAGACAUAAAUAAGUUAUUACUUAUUGUGGAGUUGAGCACUUUGAUCAUUGUUAGUGUGGCCUUGCGUUGUGGAAACACCGCAAGGUGAUUUAGUUAAGGGUGCUUUAGAAGUACAUGCAUGGGGUGUUUUGUAUUCAUGUGUGAGAGUGUCUUGUAACUUCUGUUGUUGAGUUGUAACCCCCAAAUCCUGCCACAUGGUUGGGAGAUGUUUGUGAUUGUGGGGUACACUUGUUAUUUUGGGGACCAUGAACAAUGCUACUUUAUGGUUUAA